UUUCCCCAACAUUAGCCUUAUCUUCAUUGUCAAAAGCGUGGUAAAAAAAAAAAUGGUGCAUUUGCUGCAUGGGAAGCUAGAUGUGAGUAUAUAUGAGAUUGACAACCUGCAAAAUCCUAAGGGCAUAAGUGCAAACCUGGGGAAGAAAUGUCUUACCCAACUCAGGAACAUUUUUCUGUGCCAAUGUCAACCAGAGGUUCUUCCAUUGGGUCUAUAUGCAACAGUUGAUUUAGAUAAGGCAAGGGUUGGGAGAACAAGAAUGAUAGAUGAUCAACCAACAAAUCCACAUUGGAAUGAGAAGUUUCACAUAUAUUGUGCACACUUGAUCUCACACAUUAUAUUCACUGUCAAACAAGAUAACCCUAUUGGGGCAACCCUAAUUGGAAGAGCUUAUCUCCCAGUUGAACAACUCAUUAAUGGCAACAUUGUUGAUACUUGGGCUGAAAUACUUGAUGAACAACAUCAUCCUAUACAAGGUGGCUCUAAAAUCCAUGUUAGAAUUCAAUACUUUGAUGUCAAGAAUGAUUCAAAUUGGUGUCAAGGACUAAAGAGUCCACAGUUUCAAGGAGUUCCACACACCUUCUUCAACCAAAAAUCUGGCUGCAAAGUUACUCUCUACCAAGAUGCACACGUCCAGGACAAUUUUUCGCGGCCGAUGGCGCCAUCCGAAAGAAAAUUCUAUGAGCCUGCAAGAUGCUGGAAAGAUAUCUACAAUGCAAUAAUUGAUGCUAAGCAUUUCAUUUACAUAACUGGUUGGUCUGUUUACACUGAGAUAAGUUUGGUUAGGGAUCAAAACCAAAGGAAUUCAAGUAUCAAACUUGGUGAGCUUCUUAAAAAGAAAGCAAAUGAAGGUGUCAAGGUUCUAAUGCUUGUUUGGGAUGAUAGAACUUCUGUUCCGGAUUUCAAGAAAGAUGGUUUGAUGGCAACACAUGAUCAAGAAACAGAACAGUACUUUAAGGACACAGAUGUUCAUUGCAUCUUGUGUCCGAGGAAUCCGGACGAUGGAAGAAGCAUUGUUCAAGGUUUUGAGAUUUCAACAAUGUUCACUCAUCAUCAGAAGAGUGUGAUUCUUGAUGGCCAAGUUGAGGGAGAAUGGAAGAAGCGAAGCGUAGUGAGUUUCAUUGGUGGAAUUGAUCUAUGUGAUGGAAGAUAUGAUACUCAGGAACAUCCUUUGUUUUCCACUUUGAACAAUGUCCACCAUGAUGAUUUCCAUCAGCCGAAUUUCCCCGGCGCUUCCAUAAAGAAAGGCGGUCCGAGAGAGCCGUGGCAUGACAUUCAUUGCAAGCUAGAAGGGCCGGUAGCAUGGGAUGUUAUGCAGAAUUUUCAGCAGAGGUGGGAGAAGCAAGUUGGGAAGAUUCUCCUAUUCUCUUCUAGCAUGCUAGAUGAUUUUCUUGUGCCUCAAGCAACCUCGGCGAAGUUCAAUGAUGAAGAGGGUUGGAAUGUUCAAGUGUUUAGGUCUAUUGAUGGUGGUGCUGCUUCAGGAUUCCCUGAAGAUCUAGAGGAAGCUUCUGAAAGAGGACUUGUUAGUGGAAAAGAUAACAUCAUUGAUAGAAGCAUUCAAGAUGCAUACAUCAACGCGAUUCGUCGAGCGAAGAAUUUCAUCUACAUUGAGAAUCAGUACUUUCUAGGGAGUUCAUAUGGUUGGAAAUCAUCUGACAUAAAAGUUGAGGAUAUUAAUGCUCUGCAUCUUAUACCAAAAGAACUUUCUUUGAAGAUUGUUAGCAAGAUUGAAGCAGGGGAGAGGUUUUCAGUCUAUGUUGUGAUUCCAAUGUGGCCGGAAGGAGUGCCGGAGAGUGGCUCGGUUCAAGCAAUAUUGGAUUGGCAGAGGAGGACAAUGGAGAUGAUGUAUGCUGAUAUUGCUGAAGCCAUUAGAAGGAAGAGAAUUAAAGCACAUCCUAGGGACUACUUGACAUUCUUCUGCCUUGGAAACCGCGAGGCGAGGCGAGCCGGGGAGUAUUCGCCGGCUGAGGCACCUGAGCCUGGCAGUGAUUAUAGUAGAGCACAAAAGGCCAGGAGAUUCAUGAUCUAUGUUCAUGCCAAGAUGAUGAUUGUUGAUGAUGAAUACAUAAUCAUUGGUUCAGCAAACAUAAACCAAAGAUCAAUGGAUGGUGCAAGAGACAGUGAAAUUGCAAUGGGUGCAUUCCAACCAUACCACUUAGCAUCAAAUAAUAAGCAACCAAAGGGUCAAAUCUAUGGUUUCAGGCUUUCAUUAUGGCAUGAACAUCUUGGUGACACAAAAGACAAAAGAAUCUUAUUAGACAAUCCAGAGAGUUUGGAAUGCAUCAAGCUUGUGAACAAUCUUGCUGACACAAAUUGGGACAUAUAUUCAAAGGAGAAUUUUGAUGAGAAAAGACCCUUUCACCAUCUCAUGAAGUACCCUAUUGAGGUAUCCAACAAUGGAACCAUAACAACACUUCAAGGGUUUGAACAUUUUCCUGAUACCAAUGCUAAGAUUCUUGGUACCAAAUCAGAUUACCUUCCACCAAUUCUCACCACCUAACUAGCUAGUACUAGUGUCAUUACUUAUUUUUCUUUAAUUAACUAAUUAUACCAUGGUGUGAUUAUGUUUAGAAAGUUAAACAAUGCAAUUAAUUACUUGUGUAUCUAUGUAUAUAAAUGAUUGAUGAUUGAUUAUUUGAUUUAUUGUUGUAUAUUAUUUGAUUUAUUGUUA